AUGCGGCGUACUAUGCAUAAUACGACCUCCUUGCCGAGGAACCUGCGCGCGGAACUCGGGAUCCGGGAUACCUACGGCGAGAAGAAGAAUAAGCGGAACGGACCUGCGUCGAGGAAAGAGCGCCGGCGGGAGGAGCGGUCGGGGAAGAAGCAACGGGCACCAGUUUCGAAGAAGCGAAGCUAUCACCGUGAGGAGGUGGAGGAUGAUGACGAUGAGGAGGGUGACUUUGAUGGAUUCGAGGAUGACUUGGAUUUAGCUGAGUCUGACGACGAGGCGCAAGCGCCGCCGCCUAAGGCCAAGUCGGAAAAGCAGCCCAAGCCUAUCCUGAAGAAGAAGUCGAAGGUGGCUGAAAGCUCCGAGUCUGAGGAUGAGGAGGACGAGGACGACGCCGGAACAACGCGACGCCCGAUCUCGAAGACGGUUCAAGGCAAACUCGAGGAGGACGAUGCGGAGAUUGCCGCGCUGGAGAAAAAGCUGGGUCUUAAGAAGGGCAAGAAGCUUCCCAAGUCUUUCGACGAAGAUGGUCUAGGUGACCUGUUGGGCGAUUUGGACGACGAGUCUGCUGAUGAGAACCGGAAGCGCAAAAGGGAAGCUGACGAAUGGUUACGGAGCAAGAGGAGAAAGGCUCAGGGCUUGGAGCCUGAGGAAGAGUCAGAGGAUGACAGCGAUAUGGGCGAGGACGGGCUCGAGGAUUUUGAUGAGGACGAGUCUAUGGGUGACUUUGAUGAGGAUGAGGAGGGCGAUGAAGAUGAGGAUGAGGACGAGCAGCCCGCUCCCAAGAAGAAGGAGAAUCCCUACGUCGCCCCUGUUCAAGAAACCGAAAGCCGUCCCCAGAAGUACAUUCCUCCUUCGCUUCGAGCUGCGUCCAACUCUGAAUCUGAAUCUCUCGUCCGGCUGAGACGACAGGCUCAGGGUCACCUGAACAAGCUGUCUGAAGCCAACAUGAUCUCCAUCCUUGCAGAAUUUGAGAAGCUCUACCGAGAUCAUCCUCGUCAGAACGUCACGUCGACACUGAUUUCCCUACUCUUCGGGUUGAUUUGUGAGAGGUCAGCCCUUUCAGACACUUUCAUCAUUCUCCAUGCAGGUUUCAUUGCUGCUGUGUAUAAGAUAGUGGGUAUGGAUUUCGGCGCGGAGAUUGUGCAGAAGAUCGUCGAGACCUUCGACGCUCGCGGCGAUGAACGGGGCAAAUUUGAAGGGAAGGAGACCAUCAACCUGAUUUCUCUCCUGGCGCAAUUAUACAACUUCCACGUUAUCGGAAGCACCCUGAUCUUUGACUACAUCCGACUCUUCCUUCAAGAAAUGACCGAGGACAACACGGAACUACUCCUCAAGGUCAUCAGAAACUCUGGACCCCAACUCCGACAGGAUGACCCUUCAUCCCUUAAGGACAUCGUCCUCCUUAUCCAACCUGCUGUUGCCAAAGCCGGCGAAGGCUCUCUCUCCGUCCGCACCAAGUUCAUGAUCGACACCAUAACCGACCUGAAGAACAACCGCCUCAAAUCCAACGUGAACGCCUCCAUCUCUUCUGAACACAUUACCAAGAUGCGUAAGAUCCUCGGAUCCCUCAACAACUCGCGGGUUAUCCGGGCCUCGGAACCCAUCAGCAUCUCCCGCGAUGACAUCCACAACUCCUCCAAGAAGGGCAAAUGGUGGCUCGUCGGCGCCAGCUGGCGCGAAGACCCUCUCGAAUCCGCCCGCAAAGAGCUCACCAACCUCCCAACCAACAGCACCCAACCCGACGCCUCAGACAGCGAAGACGAGCCCGACCUCGCCAGCAUCGCCAAAGCACACCGCAUGAACACCGACGUGCGCCGCUCCAUCUUCGUCGCCAUCAUGUCCGCAACCGACUACCAAGACGCGCACGUCCGCCUCCUCAAACUCCGUCUCAAACGCGCCCAGGAAUUCGAAAUCCCCCGUGUCCUCACCCACUGCGCUAUGGAAGAAGCCGCCCAUAACCCCUACUACACACUGAUCGCGAAACGCCUCUGCGGUGAAAUGGGCCGCCGCAUUAAAGUCUCCUUCAUGUACACCCUGUGGAACAUCUUCAAACGCAUGGGCGAAAACGGAGACAUGGACGACGAUGACGACGACAACGCCUUCGAUGACGAGGAUGACCAAAACAAACUCGAAAUGAAAUCCAUCGUCAACCUCGCCAAGAUGUACGGUUCUCUUAUUGCAGACGGGACGUUGAAUCUGGGUGUCUUGAAAAUCCUCAACUUCGCUUACCUGCAACCGAAGAGUAAGACCUUUGUUGAGCUGCUUCUGAUCAGCGUGAUUCAACAAUCCCAGAAGAAGCGGGGAGGCAAGAAGAAGAAAUCUGCGGAUGCGGAGGAUGAGCAGGACGAGCAGGCGCUGAUGGAGAUUUUCCUGCGCGCGAGGGAGACGCCCCAGAUUGUGAAGGGGCUGAUCUAUUUCUUGAGGAAGGUGGUGGCGAAGACGGAUAUUGUGCCUUCUGCGAAGGAGAUGAAGGUCGUCAAGUGGGGGUGUAGGGUCGCGACGGAUGCUUUGAAGGUGGUUGUUAAGGAGGGGGGAGCGGACUGA